AUGGCAGCAGCUGCCGCGGUCACAGAAGCCAACAGCUUGGCCCAGACGAAGAAUCCUCAGGACAAAAAGAAGCUGCCGAAGGCUCUGGGAGCAUUGAAAGAAGAGAAGCUCGCAGCGAAGCAGGAGCUGAAGGCCCUUGGCAAUAUUCUUGGCCACGUCGGGUUCAGCCUAGACCAGAUUUGGGGUUCCUGCCCUUUGGCACCCGUCAAUGGGGACGGCGAGAUGAGAAUUCUGCACACCGUCGACAACAUGAGCAUUGCCUUUGUGAUCGACAGCUCCGGGGCUUGCAGGUGGGACAGCCUCGCAGACGACUCGGAACAUGUUCGCUUGGUCAUGGGGGCUGACCAAGGCAGCCCACUUUACAGCUGUUACCAGUACCUAGCAGGGCAUGGGGCGAGCAUCACACUGAUCCGAGACGAGUUGCACAAACUGCACGCACACCAGGGCCGUGCGACCUCAUGCAGCCCAAUCGUGAAAAGAAUGACUAUGCUGAGUGGAUGGUUGUUCCGGGCCAAAAAAUCGCCUUGGGGCACAUGUGCCUUCGCUUCCACCUUGAAAGAAGCCGGUGAGAGAUACUUGCAGGUUGCUGAAAAGGACGACGUGCUCAUGGAGCUUUUCAGUCGGGACAUCCUCAAAGAGAACGGAUUGCCGUGCACGACAGAUGCCAGCUUGAACUUCGCGAGGGUUGUGGAGAUCCUCGGCAAAACGAUCAAGUACAACAGUGAAUCCUUCUCCUGGUCUCGAUGGUGCAGCUGGGCCCACACGGCUGCCAAAUUCCAGAUGACUUGCACUUUGUUGCUGAUCCUGUGGAGUUCCAUGGAGGCUAUGCUUGGCUUUGUUGUCAUCGAACCUGAAGAGCAAUCAGUCAAAUCAAACAAUAGCACAAGCCCACCCCAAACCCCAAACCCCAAACCCAAAACCCCAAACCCCAAACCCCGCACGCAUGGGCCAAGACUGCCAGCAGGUUGGGAAAAACCCUUUUCAGAUCCUGCAAUCUGGUGCUUCAUCGAACCAGAGCUACGACAAAACCGUGGACACGUGUGUGAAGGACUGGCUGCUUAA